CCUGGUGGUAGUAACUCCUUGACCUGUAUUGUGGCCUAUCCUGAUAAGGAGACCAGACCGGUAGUUUAUCCAGUUAUAGGCUGUAGUGUAAACGAGGGGACCUGCAGAGGAAGGCAAUAUGGCCGCCGUUUCAUUUCUGGUACUAGCUGCCUUUCUGGUGAUUGGCAAUGAAGCAUUGGAGGUGCCGAUGAGUGCCGUCAAUGAUUGGGGAGGAAGGUUCGAGGGCAAGUUUGUCUUCAAUAUCCCUGAAGAGGUAGCGGGCUGGGAGGUCAUUCUCCACUUCGAUGAACCGGUAACAGGGUUAACAGAAUGGAUGGGAGAUAUCAUUAAGACAGCAAAUGAUAACACAGAGUACGUGCUGGUCAGUAAACCUCACACGGGCAUUCAGCACGUCGGUCAAACACUGUCCAUCACCGUCCAGGCAGCUUAUUCCGGAAGUGCACCGCCUACUGCAAAAGGAACCCUCGUCAACAUGGCACAUGAUGGACAGACUGUGCCCCCAGCUCCAACAGUGCCCGGAGCUAAAUACAACUAUGAUGAGGUUCUGGAGAAGUCCAUCCUAUUCUACGAGGCCCAGCGGUCUGGGAAACUACCUCCUAAUAACCGCAUAUCGUGGAGAGGGGACUCGGCCAUGAACGAUCAAGGCGCAAACGGGGAGGAUCUCACAGGAGGCUGGUAUGACGCUGGCGACCAUGUGAAAUUCGGCCUUCCUAUGUCUGCCAGUGUGACCAUGCUGGCCUGGGGAUUUCUGCAAUAUGCUGACGCCUACGAAAAUGCCGGUCAGACGGAAUAUAUGUAUGACUGCAUCCGUUGGCCUCUGGAAUGGCUGAUCAAGGCUCACACUGCUCCUAACGAACUCUAUAUUCAGGUAGGCGAUGGGGGCCAGGAUCAUGGAUUCUGGGGCAGACCGGAAGACAUGACAAUGGCCAGACCGGCGUUCAAGGUCGAUGCGACUAACCCAGGAAGUGACGUAGCUGGCGAGUAUACUGCUGCAAUGGCUGCUGGUUACUUGGUUUUCAAAGAUAAAGAUCCGACAUUCGCUGCUCAGCUACUCACUAAUGCCGAAGAGAUCUACAAAUUUGCUGUAACUUACAAAGGUAUCUACAGCAACAGUGUCAACCAGGCCGCCGCCUAUUACAGAUCAUCAGCUUAUGAAGACGAGCUUUGCUGGGGAGCUUUGUGGCUAUAUAUGGCAACAAACAAAACAUCUUACUUAACAGACGCUAAGACCUACUACACGGCUGUGGCCGGACCGGACUGGGGUCAGUCAUGGGAUGACAAGGGCGCUGGAUGUCAGAUUCUGCUUUAUAACAUCACCGGAGAACAAACGUACAAGGACAACAUCGAGGCAACGUUUACCGAUUGGUUACCCGGGGGCUCUAUUCCUUACAGCCCAAAGGGACUCGCUUUCCGCUCACAGUGGGGGUCACUCAGAUACGCAUCAAACAUGGCUUUCAUGGCCUUAUUGGCGGCCGAUGAGGGUAUCCAUGUCCCCGAGUACCGCGCAUGGGCGAAGUCUCAGAUCCACUAUGCCCUCGGUGAUACCGGAAGGAGUUUCGUGGUCGGGUUUGGGGUCAACCCACCUACCCAACCGCAUCACAGGGGGAGCUCAUGCCCAAUGAUGCCAACGCCAUGUUCAUGGGAAGCACAGCAACAGAAAGGACCAAACCCACACACCUUAUAUGGGGCCCUCGUUGGGGGACCUGAUGGUAGCGAUUCCUACACAGAUAGCCGUGGCAACUAUAUCAACAAUGAGGUGGCGUGCGAUUAUAAUGCUGGCUUCCAGUCAGCCGUAGCAGGGUUGCUGCAUCUUACGCUCGAGGGUGAAUUACCGUAGUGCAAGACUGAGGUCUUCUGCUGUUAUUUAGAAAUAAAAUUACAGUUUAUUGUU